AUAUUAUUGUACAAAAACACAAUUUUAGGUCAACAGAGUGCUGCUGCUAAUCUAGGCCUAGUGAUUCUUCCUGCCUCUCUUUAAAUGUAAAGCUGCUUCUGCUGCACCUGUGACGUUUGCCGCCUGCCGUGCAAUGCCAGUGCGCACUGGGCAUCAAAAGCGCAGAUAGAGGCAAAACAAUGUCACAAAAAAGGACAUAUCCUUCAGGUGCAGAAAAAAGGAAGAAGAAGAAAGUGGAAGAGGAGAAAAAAUGCCAUGAUAAAGUGUAUGUAUUUCAUCUUAGGUCCAUCUCCAUCCUCUACAGUGCUCUCUCACACACCUCCAUCCUCUGUGCCCACUGUCCCCUCCAUGUCUGAAACCACAGCUGAUUUAUCUACAACUUCCACCACAAUGUCCCCUUCACACCAUGGACCAUCAUCAGCUCUGCCAGUUGACCCAGCUGAGUGGCCUUCUUUCCUCUCAGAUUCAGACAGGACUGAGCAGGUGAUCAGAGGACCACUGUCUAUUAAGGAGAACUUUUCAUUCCCCAAAAGGCAUGAUGGCCGAAGUUUUCAUUAUCAUUAUACCUACAGACAGCUAGUCAAUGGGGAAAAAGUCAAGCGUAGCUGGCUGACUUAUUCAAGAUGUAAAGAUGCAGUCUAUUGCUUUUGCUGCAAAUUAUUUUCCAAAAAGUCCUUAAAACUGGCAGCCGAGGGACAGCGGGAUUGGGUCAACAUAGGUGCACUGCUGAAACUGUUAUGGAACACGCGCUGUCUGCCUCUUCCUCCGCUGCGGCAGCACCUCGAGACUCCGCUGCGAGCCAAGCAGGACACGCCCCCGCGCUCGUUGCGCAGACCGCGCCCACGCGCCGACACAGCUGGAGACAAUCCUCUAUCAACACACCUGGGACUAAUGAGAGGCAGCAGGAUAAAGAGACUCGCCGCUGACUUCUAGUCGCCAGAACGUCGCCCUGUGUUCAGUAAGCUCUCACGUAUCUGGCUCCCCUCAUGUGCUUUCUCUUGUGCUCAUUUUUGUCCUUCUCAUGCCUAGCCCUGAUCUUGUUUUUUUCAUCUCCUGUUCCCACAGCCUCUGUGCCCCUGUCAUUGCCUUUGCGCUUCCACUGUGAAGUUCCCCCAGACUCUGAUUGCCUUCCCUGAUCUUUGACCCCCACGCUCGGAUUUGGACCACUGACGCCUCUCUCCUGCCAAACGGACCUUGCUCGGAUCACAAACCCCUUUUGGAUCUUCCCCUCUGGACUUGGAUGCUGACACCACCAACACGCACCUUCAACAAACCCUUGGUAAAUUCACAUUGUGUUAAUUUCCACACAUAGUGUCACACACACACACAUAGUAGCAUACACCCCCCACGUAUACAUUAAAAGCUCUAAAUAAACCUG